AUGCGACUGCAUGUUGACACUCAACCGGCUGUCUUCCAAAUCAGCCCGGAUGAAGUUUAUGACGCGCGUCGCGGUGGCAACGGCAAACACACCGACAAGCACACUGGGCAGGGAAGGGGAAAUUCAACCAAUGACACAACGCCACCAAGUCCCGGUGACAAUGCCAACAACAACCAAGGUGGGCAAGGAAGUGGCGGUUCAACCAAUUGUACAACGCCACCAGGUUCCGAUGACAAUGGCAACGACAACCAGGGUGAACAGGGAAGUGGCGGAUCAAUCAAUGGUAGAACGUCACCAGGUCCCGGUGAGAAGGGCAACGAUACCGACAACCAAGGUGGGCAGGGAAGUGGCCAUUCAACCAAUGGUACAACGCCACCAGGUCCCGGGGACAAUGCCAACAACAACCAAUGUGGGACAGGAACUGGCGUUUCAACCAAUGGUAAAACGCCACCAGGUCCCGGUGAGAGUGGCAACGACACCCACAACAAAGGUGGGCAGAAAAGUGGCGGCUACAACAAUGGCGCAAUCCCAGCAAGUUCCAGUGGCUAUGGAAACGACAUGGACAACCAGGCGGGGUGA